UGUAACCAGUUAAAAUAGAAAACAUGAAAAUCAUUAUAAAAACAGAGACAUUCUUUACCUCAAUGGUUAAAGCAGAUCUGCCAGGAGGGGUUUGACAGGAUAGUUCCCACAAAGUUCAGGCAGAAACACGUAUGAGCCAAAAUGACGUCUCCACCCCUCGAGUGGUGUACGUUGUCUCCACUGCAAACGCAGGAUACUCUUCGACCCAUCAGGUCCAGCAAUUCUCCUUCUGAGGACUCACCCAGAAGAACCGAAGGCACCCUCCAGAAGAAUUCUCUGUACAGCCUUGUUCAUGGCAGCGUUGCUCACGAGAGCUAGAACACGCAGCACCCCAAGUGCCCACGGACCAACGAAGGGCUGUGAGAGGUCGUGUGUACACACAGCAGCGUGUUGUUCAGCAUUAAGAAGGAAGGGAAUGCUAACACAUGCCGCACCGUGUGUCUACCUUACAGACGUCCUGCUAAGUAAGGGCAGAGCCUCCUCAAUUCCGUCCAGGAUGCUGCGUCAGUAUGUUUGUCAAUUUUGUGAGAAGCUGGUCCGCCGGUGGCCACUGGAGCCCAGGAAGCAGCCUGAGGGUGGACGGACUCCUCGUCUGAACACCCUUGACCUGGUGGCUAGGGGUGUGGGCAGCACCCUGGGGGCUGGCGUGUACAUCGUGGCUGGUGCAGUGGCCGUGUCCAUGGCUGGACCGGCGAUUGUCAUCUCCUUCUUGGUGGCCGCCCUGCCUUCUGUGUUGUCUGGGCUCUGCUAUGCGGAGAUUGGAACCCGGGUACCAGUCUCCGGUUCUGCGUGUCUCUACAGCUACAUCAGCGUGGGGCAAUUCUGUGCCUUCCUCGCUGGCUGGAACCUUAUACUAGGCUAUGUCACUGCCAUUGCAAGCGUGGCCAAGGCCUGGAGCUCCACCUUCGACAGCCUGAUCUGGAGCCGCAUCGCUCAGGUGUUGUGGGGAACUCUCUCUCAGGAUAUACCCUUCUUUCUGGCCCCGUACCCAGACUUUUUUGCACUGGGCUUGGUGCUGCUGCUGACGGGAAUGCUGGCUCUGGGAGCUCGUGAGUCAGCCCUGGUUACCAAGGUGUUCUCAGCCAUCAGUCUCUUGGUACUCAGCUUCAUCAUCCUCACUGGCUUCAUUAAGGGAGACCUGCACAACUGGCAGCUCACAGAACAGGACUACAUACUGGCUGCAUCUGGAUCCAAUGACACCUCUAGCCUCGGCCUUCUGGGUUCUGGAGGGUUUGUGCCUUUUGGCUUUGAAGGGAUUCUCCAAGGAGCAGCUACAUGUUACUACGUGUUUGUUGGUUUUGAUGAUAUUGUCACUAAAGUGGAAGAGGCUCAAAAUCCUCAGUGUUCCAUCCCCUGGAGCAUCAUGAUCACAAUCUGCCUCUGCUUUCUGAUGUGCUUUGGUGUCUCGGCGGCGCUCACCCUCAUGGUCCCCUACUACCAGAUUCAGCCUGAGAACCCCCUGCCGCAGGCUUUUCUCCAGGUUGGCUGGGACCCUGCUGGAUAUGUCGUGGCUGUUGGCACCCUCUGUGCUCUGACAUCCAGCCUCUUGGGUGACAUGUUCCCCAUGCUGUCGGUAAUUGAUGAAAUGGCAGAAGAAGGGCUCAUUUUCUGGGGACUUGCCCCAAGGCGCACAGGCACCCCGAUCAUGGCCUUGUUGACUUUUGGAACGCUCGCAGGGGUCACGGCUUUAUUCUUCAAGCUCAGGGAUCUUGUGCACCUCACGUUAAUCGGGACCCUGCUUGCUUAUUCCCUGGUGGCUCUUUCGGUCCUUGUCCUCAGGUACCAGCCAGACCAGAGCUUCAGCAAGAAGGAGAAAGCAGAGGAGGAAACUGAGAUGGGUCCUGUCGUUGAAGCAAGUCCUUUGGAAUCUGCACCAGAAGCAGGAACCUCAAACCCUCUAAAGAGUCUGUGUAACCCUAUCAGCCCCACCCCCACUCGGAAAUCUGGCCAGAUUGUCUAUGGAUGUGCCUUCCUGCUGGUUCUCCUGCUGACCAUCCUGAGCCUGCUCCUGGCCCUGUGGCCCAGCCAAGUGUUCUCUGGAGACCCCGGGUUCACAGCAGGGGCUGUGCUGCUGCUGCUGCUCAUUGUGGGGAUCACUGCCAUCAUUUGGAGGCAGCCCCAGAACCCCUCUCCUCUUCCCUUCAGGGUCCCUGCUCUGCCCGUCCUCCCAGUGCUGAGCAUUUUUGUGAAUGUUUAUCUGAUGAUGCUGAUGUCCUCUGUUUCCUGGGCCCAGUUUGGCAUCUGGAAUGUCCUGGGACUGGCCAUAUACUUUGGAUAUGGGAUCCGACACAGCCCGGAGGAGAAGAGGGAUCCACAGACCAGCCUCCACCUCCCAGACUCUGCCUGAACACACCCCUGGUGCUGAAUCCUCUUAACCACAGGAAGUAGAUGCUGUGUGGUUCCUUCCAAACCCUGCAUGUGUUUUCUUGUUCAAGGGACACCGUGAUCCUCUGUGGGGUGUGAGUGGGUUGCAUUUAGAGCCCUGUUUUCAUUGACAGUGGACAAAAUCACUAUAAUAUUGUAUAAUCUUUAAGCAAACUUUUCUUUCUUUCUUCUUCUUUUUUUUUUUAAGAGCCACAC